GUGGCCGGCCUCGCACUGGAGGCGGCCGAGGCGUUCGCGCUGGAGCCGCAACCCCCUCAGACGGCCACCAAGAUCGGCGACCUGGACCUGGCCAUGAGCUCGUACUUCGCCAACUCGUACCUGCCCGACAUGCGGCCGGCGUCGGGUGGCGUCGUCGUCGGCAACGGCGGCGACCACUACGGCCCGCCGCAACAACAGCCGCAGCCCAACGGCGACCACUGCGACCAGCGACAGCAGCAGUACCUCCAGCAGCACUCGUACGGGGGCUCUCCCCAGGGCUACCCGCGGUUCCCGCCGUACGAUAGGCUGGAGAUCCGCGCCAUCAACAGCGCCCCGAACUCUCCCAGCCCACCGAGCGGCUACUACGGUAACCACUGCGGCGUGCCCCCGACGCCGCACCAGCAGCAGCAGCCGCCGCAGAGCAUGACGCACCCUAGCGCGUACGUGCCCGCCGCCGCGUCCGUGGACGGCGGCCAGAACUGUCGCGGCUCGCCCAGCGAGGCGCCCGUGCCGCCGGCCAUGGCGCAGUACCCGAGCUGCAAGAUGCAGGGCGCCCCCCUGGGCGCGGGUGACCUGCCUGCCCGGGCGGCCUCCGAGUGCGUCCCGCCGCAGACGCCCGUCAUGCACCAGGCGGCGUGCGGCAGUCCGCCCGGCGUCCACCACUCGCCACCGCAGCAACAGCUCUACUCGCCCAGCCACGGCGGCAUGCCCCCUAACGGCCAGCCCACGCACAACUCGGGGGCCAUGCCCAGCCCUCUCUACCCAUGGAUGCGGAGCCAGUUCGAGCGAAAGCGGGGCCGCCAGACGUACACGCGCUACCAGACUCUGGAGCUGGAGAAGGAGUUCCACUUCAAUCGCUACCUGACCCGGCGGAGGAGGAUAGAGAUUGCGCACGCCCUGUGUCUCACCGAGCGCCAGAUCAAGAUCUGGUUCCAGAACCGGCGCAUGAAGUGGAAGAAAGAGAACAAGGCCAAGCUGGAAGCCGGCCUCGCACUGGGACACGGGCCGCCCGAGCUUACGCACCACCCCGACCACGGGCCGCAGUGAGCCACCGCUGACGCGCAUC